AGGUUUUGAUCUUUUAGUUUUGCUAUUGAAUUAAUUAUUAUAUCCCUCAACCUGAAAUCUUCCCCACUCAAGAUUCCAUUUGUGCUGGUCAUCGUUGACAUUUGCUAUUGAUGCAGAAUUGAUCUCCUUUUGCCUUCAGAAGUUGAAAGAAACACAGCAAACUAUAUUAAGUGGUUGUAAAGGAAACACCGUUGGAUAUCUUGGUUUUGCUUUUGUGCUGUUUGAUUUCACUUCUCCUUGUCACCAUCUUUGAGCUUUUAAGCGUCUCUCUUAUUUGCUUCACCAUCUAAAAAAUUAAAAUAUUAAAAAAAAAAAAAAAAAGAUUGUAGUUUCCUCUCUUGUUUAGCAUCAAAAGGAAGAGCUGUCACUCUGCUCUCACUCUGCUUCCUUGUAUUUUUCAAUUUUUCUGUUCUUUCUGGUGUGGAUUUCUUGGCUUGCCUUUUUGUCAUUUGAUUCGAAUUUUUUUCUUUUAACUAUUUUGGAAACUACUCAGAUUCAAAAUUUUUUUUUUCCCCUUUUAUAUUGAAAAUCCAAGAAAUAUAAAAAAUAAAAAGAUUUGGAUUACUUUGCUUGUGAAGCUUCCAAUCAAUAUAUAACACAGAAGAUUGUACUGCUAGGCAAAUAUGAGCUGUAUUGCUGAGAUCGGUAUCGCUGCAAUUGCUGAAAAAAUUGCUGAUUGCACGGUCGGAGCGAUUGGUCGUCAGUUGGGUUAUAUCUUCCAAUACAAAAGCAACAUAAGCAACCUGAAAACAGAAACUCACAAUUUGGGUCUUGAAGAACAGAGGAUGAAGGAGUUGGUGGAUGAUGCCACAAGAAAAGGUCAUGCAAUUUUUGAAAUUACCAAGAACUGGCAAAAGGAUGCAGAAGAGAUAAGUAAACAAGCCAAAGAGAUUUUAGAAGAUGAAAACCAUGCAAAUACAGGGUGCUGUACUUUCAAAGGGUUGUUGCUUCUGAAUUUGGUGCCACGGUAUCGACUAAGUAAGAAAGCCAAGAAGAUGUGCGUGUCUGUUGUUAAAAUCAAAGGCAAGGUCAACUGUGAAAAGAUUUCUUACCGUCCGCAUCUCCAAAAUGAUUUUACAAACAAAGAUUACAUAAACUUCGACUCAAGAAAUGAAACUGUGGAUGGAAUAUUGGAGGCGUUGGGAGAUGGCAAAACCAGAAUGAUUGGGGUGCAUGGCAUGCCAGGUGCAGGCAAAACCACGCUUGUUAAAGAAGUUUCAACAAGGGCCUUGGAGAUGAAAUUGUUCACUGAAGCCGUUCUGGUUCCUGUUUCAAAUACUCCAGAUGUGAAAAACAUUCAAAAAGCAAUUGCAGAAAGGCUAGAGCUACAACUUGAUAAGGAAACCAUACCUGAAAGGGCACUUCUGCUGCGAAAUAGAUUGCCGCAGGAAAAGAUGUUGAUAAUUCUAGAUGAUGUUUGGAAAGAACUCAACCUUAAAGAUGUUGGAAUAGUUGUUGACGGUGAUCAGAUAGGAUGUAAGAUAUUGUUUACGUCAAGAUUCGAACGAGUGUUGCUAACUGAUAUGCGUGUUGAUAAGAUUUUCAAAGUUGGACUUCUAGAGGAGGCUGAAGCAUUGAACUGGUUCAGGGCUUUAGUGGCUCAAACGGUUGAAAAGUUCUCAGAAUGUGAAGAUCUGGUAAAUGAUAUUGUUGAAGAAUGUGCACGUCUUCCAAUUACCAUUGAAACAAUUGCAUGUGCAUUGAAAGAUCAAAGACGGUAUUUUUGGCAGGCUGUCUUGAACCAACUGAAGAACUCAAACCUAUCAGAUAUCAAUAGUGAAGUGAAUGAAAAAGUGUUCAAGAGUAUCGAAUUAUGUUAUAAUUUUGUACACAAGAACGAAGCAAAGUUACUACUUUUGCUUUGUAGUUUGUUCGAAGAAGAUGCAAGCAUACCAAUAGAGGCUUUGAUAAGAGUUGGUAUGGGCUGGGGGAUAUUCAAACAGAUACAUGAAUUGCAAGAGGCUAGAGUUCAAGUGCACAGUUUGAUCGAUGAACUAAAAGAUCGUGCACUGUUGUUGGAUGGUGAUGAACACCAUACGGUUAAAAUGCACGAUAUCAUUCGUGACGUUGCCAUAUCAAUUGCAAGAAAAAGUCAUAUCUAUUGUUUUGCAGAUGAUUCUGAGAUAAGAUGCCUUGAAACUGAAGCUCUUGAAAAAUCAAAGGCGAUCGUGUCUGUUGAUAGUUCUGUGGCCGAGCUACUUCGUGAAGGGUUGGAAUAUGAACAGCUUGAGUUAAUUCUGGAAAGCGAAGCUUCCCAAAUCCCAGAUAAAUUUUUUGAAAUCACAAAAAAUCUUAGAGUUCUAUGGCUGUGUUCUGAUGAACGUUUAAUAAAAUUGCCUUCGUCUUUAUGUUCUCUGGGAAAUCUCCGUGCAUUGAUUUUGCGUUGCCAGAAUGUGGAAGGCAUAUCUUUGAUUGGAGAGAUCAAAAACUUGGAAAUUCUUGAUCUUUCAAGGUGUGGUAUCAAGGAAUUACCAAGAGAAGUCGGAAAACUUCCUUUUUUACGCAUGUUAGAUUUGAGUGGAUGCGCUCAACUUGUAAUCAUUCAACCCGAAAUCAUAUCAAAUUUGAAAUCAUUAGAAGAGUUGUACGUGGUGAACAGCUUUGAGGAUUGGGAUGGUCAAGGAGUCAACGGGGACCAAAGAAAUGCCAGUCUUGAUGAGCUAAAACUUUUAAAACGGCUGACCACUUUACAUUUAGAAAUAGUUGACAUCAAGGUGCUGCCGAAAGACUUAUUCAGAUCCAUAGAAUUGAAACAAUAUGAGAUUUCUAUCGGAUGUCGACUGACUGACUCGCCCAUUGAUUAUUCUUCAAGAUGUUUGGAACUCAGGCUUGAUGAAAACAAACUAUUAGAUGACUAUGGUCUUGAAAGGUUGUUGGUGAGCACUCAAAGGUUGUCUUUAAAUGGAUUGCAAGGUGCGCAUAAUGUUGUCUAUGAAUUAGACAAAGAUGGUUUUCAAGAUCUAAAGCACUUUAAAUUGAAAAACAAUCGGACAAUCCAGUUCUUGGUUAAGUCGACGGAGCAAAUUCAUCCUUGUAGCGUGUUUGGCAGCUUGGAAACAUUGCAGCUUGACAAUUUGGAAAAUCUGGAGAAGAUAUGUGAUAAGGAACUCACAAAAGAAUCAUUUAAAAGAUUGAGAAUUAUAAAGGUAAGCGGUUGUAACAUGCUGAAGAAUCUUCUGCCAUUCUCCAUGAGUAAGCUCGAGGAAAUCGAAAUAAAUUAUUGCGGCAUGAUGGAGGAGAUAGUUUCUGACCAUGAAGAAGAAGAAGACAUGAGAAAGGAAGUUAUUGGCGACUUUCCUCAAUUACGCUCCUUGAAGUUGAAAAAUGUUCCAAGGCUUAAAAGUUUCUGCUCUAAAUUGAAGAAAAUUCAAAGGUCUGAAAAGGGGAAGCAACCAAUGGAUGUAGAUAAUUCUGUAAAGACUCUGCUCAGUGGGAAGCUGGUUUUUCUCCCCGUUUUGGAUGAAUUGGAAGUGUCCAAAUGCCAUGAUUUAACAAGAAUAUGGGAUGAUCAGAUUCUACCAAGCUCUGCUUCUUUUCACAACUUAACAAAAUUGCUCGUAGAAUUCUGCAAUUCUUUGGAAUAUCUAUUUUCGUCUGCUAUGGCAACGAGUUUUGUACAACUCAAAUCCCUUGUGAUACGUGAUUGUCAGGGCAUGAAAGAAAUAGUGAGAAAUAGUGAAAACAUCGUAAAGAUGUCAUUUCCUAAGCUAAAUUUUCUGCGGAUUGAAAAUCUUGAAAGCCUCACAACAUUCUCCUCUGAAAUUGACAUUGACUUUCCAGUUUUAACUAAACUCUGCAUGGAGUACUGCCUGGAAUUUUCGACUUUCAUUUCCAAGUCUGAAGAUGAAAAGCUGCCAUCUCUCUUCAACGAAAAGGUUGCAUUCCCCAGCUUAAAGAAUUUGGAAAUUACAGCCAUGAAUAAGUUGAAGAUGAUAGCCAAUAACGCAGAUGUAUUUCAUAAAUUGAAGGAGUUAAGAAUUUAUCAAUGUGACAAUGUAAUGAAGAUAUUCGGAUCCCGUACGCAAAGAGCACUCGCCAGUCUAAGAAGGUUGCACAUAGACAGAUGUGCAAAGGUAGAAGAGGUAUUUGAAAUCCAAGCAUCAAGUUUUGAAGAAAUUACGCACGACAGAAUAUCAGCACAGUUGAUUCAUUUGAGUCUCUCUGAUUUACCAAACUUGAGGUAUGUGUGGGGUAAAGAUCCUCAAGGAAACAUUACCUUCACACACCUUGAGCAAGUUCAAGUUUGGUCCUGUCCAAGUCUGAAAUCAAUCUUUCCAUUUUCCAUUGCCAAAGGUCUUUACAAACUUCGAGAACUAAAUCUUACUUCUUGUGGGAUACAACAAAUUGUUGAAGCUGUGGGAACUACUGUAUCAGUACCGCCUGAGUUUGUAUUCCCUCGAUUGGAAGAAAUUGUAUUGGACCGUUUGGAAAAUCUCGUGUGUAUCUAUCCAGGAUUGCAUACCUCAAGUUGGCCUUCAUUAACAACUCUAGUUGUGGAGAAAUGUAAGCAAGUGAAGGUUUUGGCUUUGGAAUUCUCCUGCUUCCAAGAUAAGCAUGUGCAUCAUGAUCAUGAUAAUAGUCAAAUCCCACAAGUACCAUUAUUUUUCACCAAGAUUGAUUCUUUUCCCAACUUAAAGCAGUUGGUACUAUCGGAAUGCAAUUUGGAGAAGAUAUGGGAUGGCGAGCUUCUACCAAAGUCUCGUUCUUUCAGUAAGUUAACAAGUUUGCGUGUGAGAGGGUGUGGGUUUUUGAAGACUCUGCUUAGUGGGAAGUUGGUUUUUCUCCCCGUUUUGGAUGAAUUGGAAGUUGAAUUGGAAGUGUCCGAAUGCCAUGAUUUAACAAGAAUAUGGGAUGAUCAGAUUCUACCAAGCUCUGCUUCUUUUCACAACUUAACAAAAUUGCUCAUAGAACUCUGCAAUUCUUUGGAAUAUCUAUUUUCAUCUGCUAUGGCAACGAGUUUUGUACAACUCAAAUCCCUUGAGAUACGUGAUUGUCAGGGUAUGAAAGAAAUAGUGAGAAAUAGUGAAAACAUCGUAAAGAUGUCAUUUCCUAAGCUAAAUUUUCUGCGGAUUUAUAAUCUUGAACGCCUCACCACAUUUUCUUCUGAAAUUGACAUCGACUUUCCAGUUUUAACUGAACUCUACAUGGAGCACUGCCCGGAAUUUUCAACUUUCAUUUCCAAGUCUGAAGAUGAAAAGCUGCCAUCUCUCUUCAAUGAAAAGGUUGCAUUUUCCAGCUUAAAGAAUUUGAAAAUUGGACACAUGAAAAAGUUGAAGAUGAUAUCCAAUAAUGCAGACGUAUUUCAACACCUUGAGGAAGUUGAAGUUGUAGGCUGUCCAUGUCUGAAAUCAAUCUUUCCACUUUCCAUUGCCAAGGGUCUUUCCCAAUUUCGAAAACUAUCUCUUUAUUUUUGUGGGAUACAACAAAUUGUUGAAGCUGUGGGAACUAAUGUAUCAGUACCGCCUGAGUUUGUAUUCCCUCGAUUGGAAGAAAUGAUAUUGGACCAUUUGGAAAAUCUCGUGUGUAUCUAUCCAGGAUUGCAUACCUCAAGUUGGCCUUCAUUAACAACUCUAGUUGUGGAGAAAUGUAAGCAAGUGAAGGUUUUGGCUUUGGAAUUCUCCUGCUUCCAAGAUAAGCAUGUGCAUCAUGAUCAUGAUAAUAGUCAAAUCCCACAAGUACCAUUAUUUUUCACCAAGAUUGAUUCUUUUCCCAACUUAGAGAAGUUGAAACUGUCGGAAUGCAAUUUGGAGAAGAUAUGGGAUGGCGAGCUUCUACCGAAGUCUCGUUCUUUCAGUAAGUUAACAAGUUUGCAUGUGAGAGGGUGUGGGUUUUUGAAGAAUCUAUUUUCAUCAGCUGUAGCUGAGAAUUUCAAACAACUUCAAUCUCUCAAGAUAAGAGAUUGUAUGUUGAUUGAAGAAAUAAUGAGUAAGAACGGAAAGGUGGAUAAGGUGGAAUUCACUGGACUAAAACUUCUCAAGUUCAUAAAUCUUCCAAACCUCGUGUCAUUCUCGACUGAAAUUUUCAUUGAGUUUCCACCGUUAACUGAAGUUUCCAUAAAUAGAUGCCCUAUGUUUAAGUCUUUUGUUUCCAAAUUGAAAGAGAAGGAUUGCACCACGAUGACAUCUCUGUUCCAUGACAAGUUUGUUUCUUUCCCAAAAUUGAAGGAAUUGAAUUCGUAUGGAUGCGUCUUCACCAAGAUAUGGGAUGACCAGUUUCAACUAAGCUCGACUUCUUUCCGUAACCUGACAAAACUGAUUGUAGUAAGCUGCAAUUUUAUGAAAAAUCUAUUUUCAUCUGCUGUGGCUGUGAGUUUGGAACAGCUCUGUUCCCUUGAUGUAAGAGGUUGUAGAAUGAUGGAAGAAAUUAUGACAAGGAAUGAAAGUAUGGAUAAAAUGUCAUUCCCUAAACUAGAUUUGCUGAGACUGAGCAAUCUUCCAAACCUUGUGUCAUUCUCCUCUGGAAUUUUCAUUGAGUUUUCAGUGUUAGAUCGACUUUACAUCAAUGGCUGCCCUGCAUUUGAGACUUUCAUUUCCAACAGAGAACAGAACUUGUACACUGGUACCAUGCCAUCUCUCUUCAACGAAAAGGUAGCAUUCCCCAGCUUGUAUGGAGUAGUGAUUGAAAGCAUGGAUAAAUUGAGGAUGAUAUGGCAAAAUGAUGAUGAAUUCAGUACCGCAAGUUCCUUUUGCAAACUGAAAUAUUUAACGGUAAGAAAUUGCGAGAAUCUGAUGAAGAUAAUUCCAUCUAGUAUGCAGAGAAGACUCCAUCUAGUACGCAGAGAAGACUCGUUCGAGCUUAUUCGGGCUUGCAAAACUCAAGUUUGUGUGGAGUAAAGAUCCUCAAGCUACUCUCACCUUCCCAAAUCUAAAGAAAGUUGAAGCUUCCAAAUGUCCAAGUCUGGAAUCAAUCUUUCCACCUUCCAUUGCCAAAGGUCUUUUCCAACUUCAAGGACUGUAUAUUCGUUCUUGCGGGAUAGAAGAAAUUGUUGCCACGGAAGAAGGAUUAGAGAAAGCACCUCCUGAGUUUGUAUUCCCACAAUUAGUGGAAAUGCAACUCGAAUAUUUGCCCAAUCUUGUGUGUUUCUAUCCAGGUUUACAUACCUCAAGUUGGCCACUAUUGGAAAGUUUACGUAUGAUUCACUGUAUGAAGGUGAAGCUUUUUCCAUCCGGGUUCGUCCAAGAAACGGAUGUUUCAGGCUGUUGUGAAACGUUUCCAAUUCGACAACCCUCAUUUUUCACCAAGAUAUGGGAUGACCCACUUGUACUUGGCUCUACUUGUUUCCGUCACUUAACAAUACUGGAAGUUGAUGGCUGUGAGUUUUUGACAAGUUUAUUUCCAUCUGCUGCUAUGGCAGCACGUUUAGAACAUCUCUAUUCCAUUAAGAUAAGCGAAUGUAAGAAGAUGGAAGAAGUAAUAAUAAGCAGGAUUCAAAAUAUGGAAAAGCUUUCAUUCUCUAAACUAAGGCAUCUGCAUCUAAGAAAUCUUCCUAGCCUUGUGAGAUUCUCCUCUGAAAUUUUCAUUGAGUUUCCAGUGCUGAAUGAACUUUCCAUUCAAGAUUGCCCUCAAUUUGGGACUUUCGUUUCCAAGUCAGAACAGAAUUCCUGCACUGCCAUUCCGUCCCUCUUCAACCAAAAGUUAACAGAACUUUCGAUCGAGGGUUGUUCAAAAUUUGUCACAUCCAUUUCCAUAUCAGAGGAUAACUUGUGCACCACUGUGUCAUCUUUCUUCAACAAGGUUACAUCUUCUAGUCAAUGUGAGGAUCCGAUUGAUGACCAAGAAGAAUGUGCGGGGAUACUUUCAUGUCUAAGUGGAUUAAGACUAUAUGGUAUGCCAAACCUGAUGCAUUUGAGGGAGGAGAGCUCGUAGCCACAAACAGUGUUUCAAAAUUUGAUCGAGUUAGACAUCUUGAGGUGUGGCAAAAUAAAGAAGUUAGUGCCGUCCUCCAUCUCAUUCCAAAAUCUGGUGACUUUGAAAAUCGGACAAUGCCAUGGAAUACCAAGUUUACUAACUUCCCAAACAGCAAGAAGUAUGGCACAACUCCAAUAUUUGUUUAUAUUUAAUUGCAAAAGAAUAGCAGAAAUAAUUGUAGAUGCAGAAGGUGAGAAUAUAGAAGGUGGUGAAAUUAUUUGUGCUCGGUUGAAAACUUUGAUACUUGAUUGUUUACCAAGCCUCACAAGCUUCUAUUCGGGGAAAUAUAUGUUGGGAUUUCCAAAUUUGGAAAAUGUGGGAGUAGUUCGUUGCUUUGAAUUACAAAGUUUCUCUCAACAUGGUCACAUAGUCAGCACCCCAAAACUUCAUAAACUAUUUACAGUAGGUCCAGAUCAUCCGGUGAUUGAUGGAACUAAUACAAUCAUGGCUGUUAAUACCCCCAUGGAUCUUAAUACCACCAUACCAGAGCUUUGGAAGAGCCACCCCUGUACUACAUUACAGGAACUCUUCAGUUGAAAAGAUCUUGCUCCCUCAAAUCUGUCUAGCUAACAAUUCAAACAUCUAAGGCCAACUACUUUCUGAAUUCAUUGCUUCACCUCCAAAGUGCACGUGUUGAGUUGGAAGCAAAUGGCUCUUGUAACACCCAAUCCCGAAGUAUGCCAGAAAUUUCUCAAGUUGGCUGAAGUUGACUGGGUUUGA